AUGCCUCCUCACACUGUCACCAGUCCCAAGAAGAAAAGGUCCAAGCGCAAAGGAUCUGAUGCUUCAAAGGCUGGCUUGCCCAAGAAGACUCGGGCUGCAGACGUUGCUGAAGUACCCGGCGCGGUACCUCUUGUAUCCCUUGGCCUCACUGCAGCAGAAGUGGGAGACAAUGCACCCUGGCAUUCUGGCUGCCCUAAUGCUGGAACUGGAGGUAGGAACAUGCAGCUGGAGAAGAUCGGAUCAGCACUACAAUCUAAGCCUCAAACCUAUGGAUGUAAGGGCACGACGUCUCUUGGCCCCAACAUUCCAGUCAAUCCUCAAGCCCCAGAACUGUGUCGUAAAGGUCGAAAGAAGUCUUCAAAGGAGGUUCCUCCACCGUAUAGCUCACAUCUAGAUACCCAUCCAGAUGUCCCAGCCAUGGAUAUCAUUCACACAGGGCCCAGCUUUACAUCGCAGCAACCUGGUGGAAGGUUCGGAUUUGCUACUCCAAGCACUACAGAAAUCGCUCAUUCCGAUACUACCGAGCUCAAUCUUCACGCAUUGAACGACCCAUAUGUCGCCAUUAGGACAAAGGUCGUUGAGCAGCAUGCUCCUGAUGCUAUCGCUGAGCAGAGAGCUAGGGACACAAUCGCUGAGCAGCGAGCUAGGGAUGCAAUCGCGGAGCAGCAAGCUAGGAACACAGUUGCAGCACAGCGAGCUAGGGAUGCAAUCACAGAGCAGCGAGCCAGGGAUGCUAUCGCUGAACAGCACACCCAGACUGUUGUCCCUGAAAGUCCGGUAUUGCCAAGGUCCGUGUUUUUGGAGCAGAACUUGGAUCCAGCCCUACGCCAGGAGGAUGACACUGUUAGGGCUCAGUAUCGUUUGAGGCUGCUAGGAUCCGAGGAGCACAGUGACUCCAAAGGCAGUAGCAGCAGUGAUGAUAGUGAUGACAGCGACGAUGAAGAUGCCGAUGAAGAGGAUGACGGAAAGGACGAAGAGGAGGGCGAUAACAACGACACAGUUAAGGGCUCGCAGGAUUUUGGUUGGGGGGAGGUUGGCCGACACCAGAAAGAACAUCCAGGAUUUUUAGAAGAUGCACUACCUUCGCAACCUGCAGUCACUCGCACUCUCACACCUGAAUUUGAAUUCCAGUACUCGCACAAUGAUGAUGUGAUUGCCCAAACGAGCCUUGAUAAAACCUCACGGAACAAAAGCUCUAAGGGCCCUCUGGACAGCUCACCAGGACUGCAAGGGCAAUGGUCCCAACACAUGGAGACCAUUACCUCAAAGCCCGACGAUCUGUACGACGAUCUUUCAACUUGGCGAUCUGACUUGAAGAAGACCGCGAUAAGCACUGUACCAGUAUCAUAUUUGCUUGUUCCUCCACUUUCAGUCCCCGUUCAAGAAUGUGCUGCUUGGAUCGAACAUGCUGCAGCUGAAUUAAUCAAAGGAUCAUUUUUCUUAUGGUUUGGGGUGGAUGAACAGGGGAGAAUACGAAACUUCGCUCAUCCUGCCCUUCGUGAAACCGUCAUCUCAUUCUUCUACACAGGACCAUACCAAAUUGCGCAAAGGAUGCCGGAGAUCUUCCGCACAGAAUUGCUGCUUUCAUGUUUGGCUUUGGUUGCUGCAGCAUUCAAUUGUGUCCUCGACGGCCUUGCGAAGAAUGGACACGGAAAGUCAUACUUGAAUUUUUCCACGAAGGACUACGGACCUAUCUAUCGUCAGAUGCUGGAAUUGCUCAAAUGUAUCCUCAAGGAUGUGUAUCAUGGGCCUAGGCUGUUAGCUCAACUGCAAGAAUGGGCUGCAGCAGGAUGGCAAGGAUCUUGA